AUGACGACGUCCUCCUCGUCCUCGCUCUCUUCGGCGUCCGAUUCGUCGGGCGCCGCCGGCGGCGUCAAACUGAUCAUUUUCGACAAGGACGGCACUCUUUUGGACUUUCACAAAAUGUGGAUGCCGUACGCCGUCACGACGGUCCGUCUUCUCGAGUCGGCGACGAAGAUGCGCGUCGGCGCCGCCGUCUACAAGACGCUCGGAGUGGAUCCGGUGGCCGGGAAGGUUAGUUGGCCCCCGAAAUCUUUGAUCACCGGAUGAUUGUAUCACCAUUUGUUUUGUUUUUUUUUUUCGCCCCUCGCCCGAUCCCCCCAGGGACCACGAACUUUGAACUUUAUGGCUCGGAGCCAAAACUGACAUCAUUUUUUGAGUCGCCCAGGGAAUUUGAUAGCCUCCGCUUUUUGAGGAGGUCUUGACGCGAAAAUCUGCGCGAAAAAGAGACGAUUUAUCAACGCUGGUUUCAGGUUUCGAUGGGCGCGCUCGCCGAAAAAACGCUGACCGGCAUCCGCGAGGACAUUUCGUUGACUCUUCAAGUAGGGACCACUUUAGACCGCCCACCUUUUUAAUUUUUUUUUUCUCUAUAGACUUUUGGCAUCAACCCGACCGAGGCGGACGCGAUCGUUCAGGGAUGCGUUCCGGAGGCGUCGCCCGGAGAAAUGGCGCCCGUCUGCGACAUGCCCGCCCUUUUCACCACGCUCAAGGCGAUGGGCAUCAAGAUUGCCGUGUGCACCGCCGAUUCGAGGUGAGCGCGAGCUCAAAAAUGAAGUACAGUACAGUCUAGUACUGUACUUUUCUGGCUCUUGGAAGUUUGCACUCGUUUCUAACUAGUCAGGGUGGGGCGCGCGAGCGGCAAGCGAACAGCAUGUGUCACGCACGUAUCCGGCAUGGCAUCAGCAUGGAAAGGGCGUGCCACAGAAAAGAGAUGGGAGGGAAGCAAUGCCGCGUCCAAAGUCUCGCAAAACCCGCAAAUCUCGCGGACUUUGAAGUCCAAAGUCGGCAGAAAUUUGCGGGAAAUACGGGGUGCGCACUGCUGAACGAGUGUUACCGUAUACCAUAAAACUACAGUAUUUUUUUGAAAAAUUUACCCAAGAAAUUUGAAAAAAAUUUUUAAAUAGUGUCGAGAAAAGUUAAAUUUUUUUCAAAAAAAUACCGUUGAAAAAUUUACCCCAAAAAAAUUGGAAACAUUUCAAAUAUUGUCGAGAAAUGUUAAAUUUUUUUCAAAAAAAUACCGUUGAAAAAUUUACCCAAAAAAAUUGGAAAAAAAUUUCAAAUAUUGUCGAGAAAUUUAAAUUUUUUUUAAAAUACCGUUUAAAAACUUACCCAAGAAAUUUGAAAAAAAUUGCAAAUAGUGUCGAGAAAUGUUAAAUUUUUUUCAAAAAAAUACCGUUGAAAAAUUUACCCAAAAAAAUUGGAAAAAUUUUUCAAAUAUUGUCGAGAAAUGUUAAAUUUUUUUCAAAAAAAUACCGUUUAAAAACUUACCCAAGAAAUUUGAAAAAAAUUGCAAAUAUUGUUGAGAAAUUAAACUUUUUGAAAAUUUACCCAAGAAAUUUGAAAAAAAUUUCAAAUAUUGUCGAAACAUUUAAAUUUUUUUCAAAAAAAAUACCGUAGUUUUUAUGGUGUACGGUAACACUCGUUCAGCUGUGCGGGGUUGUGGCAAGGAAGUAGCAACGGUAGCAGCGCGUAGCAGGCACGGAAUCGGCACCCUUACAGUAAUUUGCCGCGAAAAACGGCACGGAUGCCGAUUAAUGCGGCAACUUGCCGAAAAUUACCCGAGUUCUCUAUUGCAGAGCGGCCACAAUCGACCAGAUGAACAAGAUGGGCGUGACGCGCUUCCUCGACGACAUUGUCUGCGGCAACGACGUUGGAAUCGUGCCGAAGCCGUCGCCGCACUGCGCCAUCCAGAUCUGCAAACGUCUGAACGUGGAUCUGAAGGAGGCGCUGAUGGUCGGCGACACGAUCGCCGAUCUCAAAAUGGGCAAGGUGGCCGGACUGCGCGCGUCGGUGGCCGUCAUGACCGGAGUGGGCACUCGCGACACGCUCGCACAGUACUCGGACUAUUUUGUGAGUUUUGCGGCGAGCGAGAACCACACAACAACUAUUAUCAAUUCAAUUGCAGCUCGACGACGUUAGCGAGCUGCCGAAUCUGAUCACGAAGACGAUGAGCGACGACACGAAACGCGGAUGA